AAUUCAGGCAGUAGGUCGGACACCUCCUCUGGUCCUCAGUACAAACAGAGACAAGAUGGCGGCAGCAGCAUCACUAAUGCCGAACUUCGGACAGCAAAUUUCUUCUAAAAACGACCUGGUUCCGAACUGGACCAGCCAGGAAGUCAGCACCGGGACCACCAUCAUGGCGGUGGAGUACGAUGGAGGAGUGGUGAUUGGAGCUGACUCGCGCACCACCACAGGAGCUUACAUCGCCAACAGAGUGACGGACAAACUGACUCGUAUCCACGACCGGAUUUACUGCUGCAG